CACGUCCGAAUCAAGGAAAAAAAAAAAAGAAAGAAAGAAAGAGAUUCGCCGCACGUUGUUCAAAUCGAAAAUUUUGAAAGAAAGAAAGCGACACUCAGCAGAUCUUACCAUCUUUUCUUAACCUGGAAGAUUAAUCAGACACCGAGAGAAAGAAAAAAAAAAGUUAUAUAACACUUUUCGUAAACAAACAAAAAAAAAAGGUUGGACCUUUAGAGAGAAAGAGAGAGGUUUUGAUGGUGUGGUUGACGAAUCAACAGAUCGGGACAUGGAAAAGGAAACGAAUUUUGGUUGGAUCGUUGUUAAUAUGCUGGCUAAUCUUAAUGUUCUUCACUCCCAAAGUUCCUCUUCAUUCCUUCAGACACCAUGUCUUCGCUGAUAAACGCAAUUUCAUGGGAGUGCCAAAUACAUUGAAUGUCAUGACCAACUUUCCUUUUCUUAUUAUUGGUGUUCUUGGUUUUGUUCUUUGCCUUGGAGGCAGUUUCUUUAAUAUCAGUUUGAAAGGUGAGAUCUGGGGAUGGACACUGUUCUACGCAAGCGUUUCAAGCUUGGCCUUUGGCUCUGCUUAUUACCAUCUCAAACCUGAUGACAACAGAAUCGUCUGGGACACUUUGCCUAUAUUGAUUGCGUAUUCGUCGCUUUUCUCUAGUUUUUUGGUUGAGAGAGCGGGGGAGAGAGUAGGAUUGAGUUGCCUCGUCUUGCUUCUGUUCAUAUCAGUUUUCAGCGUUGCUUACGCCAGAGUGUUUAAUGAUCUCCGGUUAUGCCUCACGUUCCAGUUGAUUCCAUGCCUGGUGAUUCCCGUCAUGACCGUUUUGUUACCUCCUAAGUACACUCACUCUAGGUUCUGGCUCUUGGCAACAGCUGCUCACGCUGUUUCCAAGAUCGAAGGACUUGCAGACAGCAAAAUAUACAAUUUUAAUGGAUAUACAAUUAGUGGCCAUUCGCUUGGACAUUUGUGUUCAGCAUUGGCUAUGGUUUUACUUACCGUUAUGCUUUUGUACAGAAGCAUUCGGUUUCCGAGAUUAAGUGAACUCAAAGGCCAUCCUUGACAUCCAUUGAUGACUGCUCUUUCCCUCUAUUUUUUUUGUAAUUCAGAUCCUUGACAGCAGAUUUUGUUGGAUUAUUAGGUAAAUUUUGUUGGCUUUUACUAAUAAAUUUGAUUUAGCUUUUGAGUUUAGUUUAAAUACAAUGGACUCACUUUCUUUUUACUGUAUUGAAAUGUGUUAUUUUUCUUA